GAUCACUUGUGUGAGGAACUGUGAAGCUCCUGUGUGCUGUGGAGAGUCUGCGUGCAAUAAGGUUAACGGCAAAACAGACACCAUACACCAUGGAGACAACAGGAGUUUUAUUGUUCUGUGUCACCUGCCUCAGUCUGUUUACAGGCGCGCGUGGCGAUAAAAAAGACAUUUACGCAAACAUUUUGGAUUUAGUGUCUCCAGGUGAAGAGUUCCUCACGGAGGAUGCGCUUCUCUCGGUGUUUGAACUGCUGGAGAACCGCGUGCAGUGCUCCGGUGUGUCGUGUGGAAAGUGCCUGUCUGUUGAACAUCUGCACCAGUUGUUGAGUAAUUACAGCAGCUCACAGGGGCUUCAGAUGGAGGAUUUCUUCACCCUGGCCCCUGGAUGCUGUCUGUUCCUGAGCUCUCCACUGGAGACCUGCGGGGCCAUACGACAGGGCCGCUGGGUCAAGGAGACCCAUCACUUCAUCCAAAUGAUCUUAGGCCACGACAACACCACCAGCAGUCUUAAUGAGAUCAGUGCCACAGAAUAUGAGGGUUUGGAGCAGCUGUUUGAUGAAAUGGAAAAAUACUAUCAGCCAGACACAAAUGAGUCCUGUCUUUCACUAAAAGACAUCCUGGAAGAGAGCGGUGAUCAUCACGUAGAGCUGGACGCUGUUUUUGCAAAUAUCAUCUAUCAUGCUUUACUUGGAGACUGUAUGAGAUCACUUGUCCUUCCUGAGCAAGAGUACUUUCUGGAUUACAUCUUCAGACAUUUUGCCUCUGAUAAUCUUACACUUCAUGAGCUUCUGAAGGCACUAAACCUGGGCGGAGAGGUCCAUGAUGAUGCCCACACUGAGGAUGAACCCCACCGCAGCAGACCGACCCCCGGACAAAGUCAUCAGGACGAUCACCCUAACAACAGCAGCUGGGACACGAUGUGUUUUAGCACUGAAGACCUUCUGAGGAUCUACCAGCUGAACUCUUCAUCGCUGACCAGAGAUCAGUUCACACAGCUCAGUCCUGCUCUGAUUCAGCAGAUCCUCAGUGGAAGCUGUUCUGAGAUCACUUUCACCCACGUGACCCCUGAUUCUCUGAGCACCGCUGAGAGAUAUGGAUAUGCCACUCUCGCCAAUAUUGUCAUCUGUCUGAUGGCCAUGUUUGGGAUCGUGGUGCUGCUGUUCUCCAGGUGCACGCAAGUCUUUCAGAUGUGCAUCCAGUUCUGCAUCAGUCUGGCUGUAGGUUCCCUCACGGGGGACGCUCUUCUGCAUCUCCUUCCCAUGUUCUUAGGUCUUCAUGCGCAUGAAGAAGGACACAGCCAUGAGGAAGAGAACCUGGACUAUAUUUACAAACCCCUGGUGGUUAUUGGGGGCAUCUAUGUUUUCUUUCUGAUGGAAAGCAUCUUCGCCAUCAUCACUCGACACGGUCAUCAUCACGAUGGAGAGUCAGACCCUCACAACCACAGCAAAGUUCUGCAGAUGUUCCAGAGCAGGAGAACACAGCGAAACAACAACUCCGCCUCACAAGACGAGCUGGUGGAUGGGCAAAACAACGAGAAGUCCCUCCUGGAGCCCAUUAGCAGCACUCGAGAGAAGCGUCUGCUGCCGUUUAUGAUCACCAUUGGUGACGGGAUUCAUAACUUCGCAGACGGUCUGGCCAUGGGUGCCGCGUUCUCCGUGUCGUGGCGCUCAGGACUGGCGACGUCGCUGGCCGUUUUGUGUCACGAGCUGCCACACGAGUUAGGUGAUUUUGCGAUCCUGUUACACUGCGGUCUGUCGGUGAGAAAGGCUCUGCUGCUGAACGUGGGCAGCGCUCUCACCUCUUUCAUCGGCCUGUACAUCGCCCUGUCCGUCUCCACUCAAACCAUCGCCGAGGAGUGGAUCUCUGCCAUCACCGCCGGCUUCUUCCUCUACAUCGCCCUCGCAGACAUGCUUCCAUCUAUGAUUCAUGUGGACAGUAAAAAGCCGUGGCUGAUAUUUCUGCUGCAAAAUCUGGGUCUGUUGACGGGAUGGGGGAUUUUAUUACUCCUGUCUUUAUAUGAAGAUCAGAUAGGGAUCUAAGAAAUGAUGUAGGAUUGUACUUGUGCAUCAUCAUAUUUUCUUCCUCGAUUAAUGUUUAUGGGAUUGUCAUUUAACCUGUUAACUGUCACUCACGUUUUUGAAGAUAGACUUGAAUGUGCAUGAUACAAACCUAAAUUUUUAUAAUUCAUGUCUGAAAACAUUUUGUAACAUGAUUUUGAUGUGCCAUUUACAUGGUAAUGCAAUGUCUGAUUUUAAAAUGGGUUUUGAAGGAUGAAUUUUGAAAUUUUAUGUUUUCUAGUGAUAUAUAACUUCUGAUGAUUUCUAAAAUGUGAUAGAGAAAAAGGCAACAAGGAAGUCUUAUUUUUAAACAAAGGUCAAAACUCCUUUUGUAAUGUAGAUUUCUGAGGGUGCACUCUUGUCAUAAAUUGAUCUAUUACUUUUCCUACAUAAUUUUUUACAAAAAAUAUUGGUAUAAUAUAUAUUCGUGAGUCUUAGACCUUUCCAACGAUAUAUAGUUUGUCAAGAUUAGAUUAAACUUGAUUGUAAUAUAGUAUAGUCAACGUAGGUGUCCCGUAUACGGGACGGGGUGACAUUUAACAGGUUAAACAGUGCAAAUAGUAAGCAAUUUAGUGCUGCCAUGAUUCUGAAAUUGAAUAUUUUUAAAACCUUGUUUUUAUUUUUAAAUACUUAAUUUUUUUGUUGGGAAAAUAAUUACUAUUACAUAUGUUAACAUUAUUUCUGAGAAUGUUAUUGUAAUACCUUUUAAAACAUCACUUACUGUACAUUUUCUUCAGGUUUUCAAAUACAAGUCUUAUUAGAAAUAAACAUUAACAACUGAUAACUCAGCCAUGCGAGUCACUUUAUUUACAGUCAAUAAAUGACUUUUUAUGGCCAUCAGCACUUUCUCAUAAGGUUCCUGUCCUUCUUCAACUAGUUAAUUGUAAUCUGUAAAUUUACUGUUGUUUCGGUGUUGUACUGUAAAGAGGAAAUUGGGUUAAAAAUGUACUGUAAGAUACACUUGAUACAUGGAUUUUACUGAUUCAUGAAAUUCUGCUAGUAUGAAGUGAGUUUCUGUCCUGGUGUGUAGUGAUUAAACCUGUGAAUAAAUCAACUAAUGGUGA